CCUAUCCUCUGCAUCCCUCACAGAUCUGUGGUAGAGGCAUCCUAAAAAAAGCAGCACUACAAGCUUCUUUACAUAGCAACAAUCUCCACACCGGGAGGAAAAUAACAUCUGCCACUGGGGAAUCUGAUGUGAUGUCAGAGACUACAGAGCAACUGACCCAGCAGUGUGAAAAGCACAAGUCAAACAACUUUCAGGACAUCAAGCAAACGUCUUGAAGAUUCAAUAAAUGCCUAAUCAUUUUUGUGGUUAUGUCAGCAAAUUUGGAACUAGAAUUAUAAAUCAUAUUGUGCUAUAAAAUCAUUUUGAAAUCAGCAGUUUUUGUCAGCUAUUUUAAGUAGUUUGUCACCUGCAACGAAGAACUGUAUAGUUCAGCAGAAGGUACUGAAAACAGCUUGUUUGUAUUUUACGACCAUCCAAAUAAGCUCACUUUCUGCAGUAACUGCAGGGAGCUGUUCAACUCCUCAGGAUCUGAAUAUAUUUACAGCACUAGCAGAGUAAGAAGUUAAUGUCUACAUUUUAGUUCUCAAAAUCUGAAGAUUGCAGCUUUGUGAAGAAAAAAACACAUCCACAUCACAAAGGAAAACAAAAUGGAUGAAGCUUUCAGAGACAGGACUGCCUUCAUUCGUGGAGCUAAAGAUAUUGCAAAAGAAGUUAAGAGGCAGGCAGCCAAAAAAGUGGGAAAAGGGGUGGACAAAGUUCAGGAUGAAUAUACAAGACGUUCAUACACCCGUUUUGAGGAGGAUGAUGAUGAUGACUACCCACCCCAGGAUGGUUACUACCGUGGUGACCAGCCAAAUGAUGAGGAAGGUGGUUCCAGUGAUGCUACUGAGGGACAUGAUGAAGAUGAUGAGAUCUAUGAAGGGGAGUAUCAGGGCAUUCCCCAUGCUGAUUCCAUGAAAAGCAACCACAUGACUGAUGUGCAGCCAAUGGCCAGUGAGUUUAGGGAUUUUGAUGACUUUGAAGGUGAAAGGAAAAGGGAAAGAGAGGAACUGGCACAACAGUAUGAGUUAAUUCUGCAGGAAUGUGGCCAUGGCAAGUUCCAGUGGACACUUUACUUUGUUCUAGGUCUAGCACUUAUGGCAGAUGGUGUAGAGAUAUUUGUUGUUGGAUUUGUCCUCCCAAGUGCUGAGAAAGAUAUGUGCCUGUCAGACUCCAACAAAGGCAUGCUAGGUCUGAUUGUGUAUUUGGGAAUGAUGGUAGGUGCUUUCCUGUGGGGUGGAUUGGCAGAUCGGAUUGGACGAAGGCAGUGCCUCCUCAUUGGUCUCUCUGUCAACAGUUUCUUUGCAUUCUUUUCUUCAUUUGUGCAAGGCUAUGGAACCUUCCUUUUCUGUCGCCUCAUCUCUGGUGUUGGCAUUGGAGGUUCGAUUCCCAUUGUGUUUUCUUAUUUUUCUGAGUUCCUGGCACAAGAGAAGAGGGGAGAGCACUUGAGCUGGUUGUCUAUGUUCUGGAUGAUUGGAGGAAUCUAUGCCUCUGCUAUGGCGUGGGCCAUUAUCCCUCACUACGGUUGGAGCUUCCAGAUGGGAUCUGCAUACCAGUUUCACAGCUGGCGGGUAUUUGUGUUGGUCUGUGCCUUUCCUUCAGUUGCUGCUAUAAUAGCUCUUACUGGCAUGCCAGAGAGUCCUCGGUUCUACCUAGAGAAUGGAAAACAUGAUGAGGCUUGGAUGGUCCUGAAGCGAGUCCAUGACACUAACAUGAAGGCCAAAGGGCACCCAGAGAGGGUAUUUUCAGUUACCCACAUUAAGACAGUGAAACAAGAAGAUGAGCUAAUCGAGAUCCAGUCUGAUACCAGUAACUGGCACCGACGCUGGGGGGUCCGCAUGCUGACACUUUCCCAGCAGGUGUGGACCAACUUCCAGAAGUGUUUUGCUCCAGAGAUGCGUCGUGUCACCUUCAUGAUGAUGGCUGUCUGGUUUACUAUGUCAUUCAGUUAUUAUGGCCUGACUGUUUGGUUUCCAGACAUGAUCAAAUACCUGCAAAACAAAGACUAUGCUUCUCGCACCAAAGUAUUCACCGGAGAAAAAGUCGAGCACUUUACCUUCAACUUCACUCUGGAGAACCAGAUUCACAAGAACGGACGCUACUUCAAUGACAAGUUCAUUAGCAUGAAGUUGAAGUCUGUGAUAUUUGAAGAUUCGCUGUUUGAGGAGUGUUAUUUUGAGGACAUCACAUCUAGCAACACCUUCUUCAAGAACUGCACCUUUCUCUCAACUCUUUUCUACAACACAGAUAUGUUUGAAUACAAGUUCAUCAACAGCAGAAUCGUCAACAGUACUUUCUUGCACAACAAGGAGGGAUGUCAGCUGGAUUUCACCGAUGAGAACAAUGCCUACAUGAUCUACUUUGUCAGCUUCCUGGGCACUCUUGCUGUGCUGCCUGGUAACAUUGUCUCAGCCUUGCUGAUGGAUAAGAUUGGACGUCUCCGCAUGUUAGCUGGCUCCAGCAUUAUGUCCUGUAUCAGUUGCUUCUUCUUGUCAUUUGGGAACAGUGAAUCGGCCAUGAUUGCUUUGCUGUGCUUAUUUGGUGGCGUCAGCAUUGCAUCAUGGAAUGCAUUAGAUGUGCUAACAGUGGAACUGUAUCCUUCUGACAAAAGGACAACAGCUUUUGGAUUCCUGAAUGCGCUAUGUAAACUCGCUGCAGUGUUGGGCAUUAGCAUAUUUACUUCCCUGGUGGGCGUGACAAAAGCAGUGCCCAUCCUUUUGGCAUCCAGUGCCCUGGCAGUAGGAAGCUCUUUGGCACUCAAACUCCCAGAGACACGGGGACAGGUCCUCCAAUGAAAUCAACAAGCAGAAGACCAAUAGUAGAGUGUAGACACUGUGAAAUGUCUUUCUGGUGGGGUGGGAGUGGGGCCAGGGUGUCUUAUUUUUGUUUUUGUCUAUGUAAGUGUGAAUCUUAUUUAAACAUUAUGAAAGGAGUAAAGCACUACACAGUCUGCUUUUACCGGUCAUGGCUGGUGAGAGAUCUUAGAUGAAAGGUUCUAAUGGUGGCUACACUGAGAUCAGAGGCAGUAAGCAACAUGAAAGAGUGGAGGUUAUCUAAAUGGACAACAACCCCGUUAAGUUAUGAAAAACAACAGUCUGCAUGUAGAUUGCUACUUUAUUACUUUGGUGAUUAAAAUUCGGUCACUUACUAAUUAAGGGGCCUGUAAAUUAGGCACCAUAUAAAAGUCCAUAAAAUAGUAUAAAAAUGACCACAAGAAAAACAUGAAGAUUCAGAAUAAACAUACACUAUGAAGCAGUAGAUGCAAACUGACAAAACAUUAAAAGGCAGACUAAAAUAUUCACAGAAGUAUUUGCAAACAUUGCAAAAAACAUGUUAUGUCUUAAGUGGCCACAUAAAGCUUUUCAAGGAAUGGCAAUCCUAAACCAGCUGUGGUGGUAGUAACUGCUAAAGUUGGGGGCUAUAGAAAGUGUAUGUCUAGAAAUUGCUUAGCACAUCCUGGGAACUAUCAGUCCCAGGGAAAACAAGUGGACAGUUCAGGCAGAUGGUAUGGUUCCAGCAUCUCUACAGAUAGGUGGAUUUCGGACCAUGUAUGGCAGAAAAAAACAUUAUGGAACUUUGAACAAUACAUGUGAUCGUAUCACCAGCCACUGCAUGUCCGAUAACAGAGAAGUAAUAGGACAGAAAUGAACUGCUCCAUUUACAAAUUCUGCAUCAGUUGCAGUCAGUCAGGUUCAUAAACAAGAAUACCAUGUUAGAGGGUAUUACAGCAAUCCAGCCAAGAUGAAAACAACAUGCACUGCUGUCUAAAGGUCCUGUGACUGAAGAAGGCACUUGGACCAGGUGAUAUUUCUUAGCUGUUAAGAUGACCUGACCACAGUUGCUAGCUGGGGUCCAAUGAUAUCAGCAAGUUGAAGAACCAAACUUGAGAUCUCAGACACUCAGUAUAAACUUUAAACUACCCCAUAAAUAAUUAGAGGGGUAAUGUUCCAAGCACACAUAUGAAUAAGACAGCUGAAAACUAGUGGACCAAUUCAAUCGACCUUCAUUCACCUCUAUGCUGUUGUCCUCCCUUUCCUUUGCAUCUGCUGCAUGAUGCACCUCACAAAGAAGGGCGUAGAUGCAACAAAGUUAAGAAAGCCUUUGUCAAAACGAUAUUCAUGAGCUAAGGAUUCAGUUGAGUUAACUGUCAAGGCUGAUGUCUGAUGCUGCAGAUACACAGUAGGUUAAUUACACAUUCAGCUAGCUGACACAUUCGCUGAAGUUAUGUAAAAGGUACUUUUUGUGCAUUUGCUUCAUGUCAUCGCUAGCACCUAAACAGAGCAUUACUUUUGUCUCUGAGAUCUUGUUGCUGUGCAGUAAAGGAACAUUUUUAGACCUGACAUCCCUCCUACAUAUAAAUUCAAGAAAAGAAAAAUAUACAGACACAUAUAAUUGACAGUUUAGUACAAACGGAUAAGGCAAUGAAUUGCUAAUGAGUUUCAUCCUGUAUGCCUGCCUCUGAUUGCCGUUUCCUUAUGUUGUGGUUGCGAGCAGGGCAUUUGGGCAUUUAAUCAGACAGUACUUGUGGGUCACCCAUGAAAACAGACAGUUGUUCUUAAUGGGUUUAGCUUAUUAACUAACAAAUAAAAUGAAAUUAACACAUUCCUUUAGCUACACAAAAGCACAAUAGUACACAUACCUAAAAACUUCUUGAAACAUUCCUUCAAUUUAAAGCACAACAUACACACAAUUAUGAAUCUCAAAACUGUUAUAAACAUUUGCAGGCCAUAAGCACAAUACCAUACACUUCUAAAAUAUUCCUGAAACAUUCCUUUACAGUAAUUUAAUAUCUGUAAUAAUCUGUUUUAGAGGACUUAAGUGAGGCAGUCAGAGUCUACUGUUAAACCACCUCAUCUUCUGUCAAAUGUGGACAUUAUCAUAUAAUCUAAGUGAGUAUAUGCACAGGUGUGGUUUCAGUCCAGCUUCAUGCAUUGUGCAGAAUUUGAAUCCUACAUGCAGACUCAGACAUAAGCCUUUAUUUAUAAGGGUACUUAAAGAUUAGUUAACACUAAGAGUAUCACACUCAGAUAUGGUGCUUGUCCUAGCUUCGUGGUUGUAAACACUGUUUGAUCCACUACAGACUAUUUCAAGCUUAUUUUGCUCACUUAUAGGCUGACAUCUAUUGAAGCUCUAAACUAGUGAACUCUGGGAAUUUGACACUAUAUGAGUAGCAGUAGCAAAGUUAUUAGUUUCCAUAAAUAUUAACUGUUUGUAUACUGUAAUCUUUAGUUAUGUUAAUUCUGCAACCAUUCAGAGAGAGUACAGCAAACCCCUCUGGCUUAUUACAAAAAACAUAAUGUAUAGUAAAUGCUACUGUAGCUUCUAGUAUUGCCAACUGCUGUGAUUUCUUAUUUAUCUGUAUUUAUUUACCAGGGUAUUACACUGAUCAAUAAUGACUCAUUCCAGGCUCAGCCCAGGGGAAAUACAAAACAUUUCACAAUUACAACUUACAGCUGUAAUUACUUACUGAUUACAGCUGGUAGACAGCCUGUAAGAAAGCAAGAUUACUGUGGAUCAGUCUUACAAUAAAAUGUAAACAAAAAUGAUGUUUAAGCACACUGUAGCAGAUCUACAAUGGAACACGGACACUCUCCAAAAAGACUCUAUACAUAGAAAGUGCAUGCAUGGCCUCUGAUCUUUCAGUAAAACUUACACAUGGUUGGGUAUGUGGUUAUAAUGGGAUAAUACAUUUGUCCAGUGAGUGUUUGGCAAAGUUCAUAGCCUCACAUAGAAAAACAUUAUUCCCAUGUGUAGCCAUACUCUGAGCUUUACUUUCUGACUUAUAAAAUGGACUUUUGCUGUUAAAAUAAACUGUAGUUAUAAGGGUGGGUCACAAGUAUUAUAAAAUAAUUAAAGAUCUAUUAACAUGUUUUGGCUAAUGAUUUCCCUUGCCCAUUUUACAAGUAUAUGUUGUUUAUGUGCUGUUGAUGAGGUUGUCUUUAUUUACUUAAUUUAUAACAAUGUUUUAAAAAAGCACAAUACUUCAUAUAGAUACUGGUAAUGAUUAGCAUACUGUUGCAACUCCGCCAUGCCGUAGUGUAUUAAAUACUUACACAUUUUUGCCUGUCUUCAUGGCAAAACUGAAGAACACAGUGGAAGAUGUCAUACAGGAAUAUUCAGCUUAAGCCAUUCUGUUCUGCAGAUUUUACUGCCAUAGUCAAAAAAGGGACUGGGUACAGAUGGUGAGAUGAUGUAUGAUUUAAAAACAAUCUUUUUCCUUUUAUGUUUCAAGAAAAUGAUUUCUAUAUUUCUAUAUUUUAUUUAAGGUAUGUCAUUUUUUGAAAAGUAUUUUUGCUUAUCAUGCUUCCACGGCAGUAGAGUUGGACCAUAUGUAUUGUACAUUCCAUAGGCUGCAGUGUAUUUAUUUACCGAACCAUGGCAUUAUGGGUAAAGUGGGAGGUGGUGGUGGGGGGUAAUGUCACCUUUUAGGUAUGACUAAAAACUCUACACUUUGUUGUACAUUUUCAGAAUUGCAAUGUAAAUACAAUAAUUAAAUUGUAAGAAUGAUAUACUGUUUGUGAAUGUUGUAGCAGUUAGGAAAGUGGUGUUUUGAGGCAGGCAUAACCUAGAAUUCGCUCUUAUAUUGCCUUUUUAACAGACUACACCUCAGUUCUAGCAUGGAGUUAUUGCUGAAUCAGGUAGUCUGAAUUUAAAUAGUUCCAAAUGGUUUAAGAAAUGCAACAAAACGUGUACCAUGUAACACUCAUGCAACAAGAAGUUUUCACAAUGCUUUAACAUUGAGAGGAAUAAAAAUGGCCUGGUCAGUUUAA